GUGUGCUACGGAACCAUGGGCGAACAGUGGGUGCUGGGUCCGGCGGUAGGCUCCUCGCUGCUCCUGUGCUCGGCGUUGCUGGCGGUGGGAAGCGCGCUGGGUCUGCGCCUGGGCCGUGGGCGGAGCGCGGUAGAGCGUGCGGUGCUCGCCUGGCUCUGCUAUGACGCACUGGUGCACUUCGUGCUGGAAGGCGUUUUUAUCUACUUGUCUUUGGUAGGAAAUGUCGCAGAGUCCCAAGGCUUGAUUGCAUCUUUAUGGAAGGAAUACGGCAAGGCAGACGCAAGGUGGCUGUAUUCCGACCCAACCAUCGUGUCUUUGGAAGUCCUGACUGUCGUGCUGGAUGGGUUUCUGGCUUUGGUCCUCAUCUAUGCCAUAGUCAAGGAGACGUAUUACAGGCACUUCAUACAGAUUACCUUGUGCGUGUGUGAACUCUAUGGCGGCUGGAUGACCUUCUUCCCCGAGUGGCUUGUCGGAAACCCCAACCUCAACACCAAGAGCUGGCUCUACCUUUGGGUCUAUUUGGUAUUUUUUAACGGCCUGUGGGUUCUGAUCCCAGGGCUGCUGCUGUGGCAGUCGUGGAUAGAGCUGAAGAAGAUGCAUUACCAAGGGGCCCAUUUAGAGAAAAAGCACGAAUGA